GGUUCUUCUCUGGGUCUGCAUGGUGGAUAUUAUUUGCAACACACCUUUUCUUGGUGCUAUGGGGGAUCAUUGCAAAAAGAAGCACGGAGUUGCCAUGUGUGUAGGCUGUGGGAGCCAGAUCCAUGACCAGUUCAUCCUGCGGGUCUCCCCCGACUUGGAGUGGCAUGCCGCCUGUCUGAAGUGCGCCGAGUGCAGUCAGUACCUGGACGAAACUUGCACUUGUUUUGUGAGGGACGGCAAGACUUACUGCAAAAGGGAUUACAUUAGGUUGUUCGGUACCAAGUGUGCCAAGUGCAAUCUGAAUUUCAACAAGAGCGACUUUGUGAUGAAGGCCCGGAGCCGUGUCUAUCACAUCGACUGUUUCCGCUGCGUCGCCUGUAGCAGGCAGCUCAUUCCCGGCGAUGAGUUCGCCCUCAGGGACGAUGAGCUGUUCUGCCGGGCCGAUCACGACGUGGUUGAGAGGGCCUCGGCUGGGGGCGGCCCUCUCAGUCCUGUCCCGAGCAGCAGAUCCCUCCAGAUGGCAGCGGAACCCAUUUCGGCUCGGCAGCCGCCCCUGAGGCCUCAUGUUCACAAGCAACAAGAGAAGACAACGCGGGUACGGACGGUUCUGAACGAGAAGCAACUGCACACAUUACGGACCUGCUAUGCAGCUAACCCCAGGCCGGACGCUCUGAUGAAGGAGCAGCUGGUGGAAAUGACCGGCCUCAGUCCCAGGGUCAUCCGGGUUUGGUUUCAAAACAAACGCUGUAAGGAUAAGAAGAAAAUCAACCUCAUGAAACAGAUUCAGCAACAGCAACACAGUGACAAAACUAGUCUGCAAGGUCUGACGGGGACGCCGAUGGUAGCGGGGAGCCCCAUCCGACACGAUGUCCAGGGUAACGCGGUGGAAGUGCAGUCCUACCAAGCGCCCUGGAAAGCGCUCAGUGAGUUUGCACUUCAGAGUGAACUGGAUCAGCCGGCCUUCCAGCAGCUGGUAACUUUUUCAGAAUCCGGCUCUCUGCCCAACUCCUCCGGAAGUGACGUGACUUCUCUGUCCUCUCAGCUGCCGGACACCCCGAACAGCAUGGUGUCAAGUCCGGUGGAGACGUGAGGUGUGAGGCUGGGACCAUGGCAGAGCCGGCCACCGCAUGACCCCGAAAAUCCCGCAUGAUCAAAGCGCUGCUCCGAGCAACACAACUCUCCCUCGCUACCGGUUUUAUAUCUAUCUCAGAAUAUAUUAAAAAAAUAUAUCACAGAGACUUGAGGUGACUGCCAAAAAAGAAACAAAAUGCACUUGGGAAGUUUUCUGAACAAAAACUGCCACCACAGAACUUGUCCUUGAAUAUCUACUCGUUGUAAAUAGAUUUCCAAGGAAGCCAAAUUCUUUAUUCCGGAGAUGGAGAGAGAUGAUUACCGCCUGGGGAUUCUGCUCCAACGGGCAAGGACUGAAAAAUGAUUUUUCUUUUGUUUUAAAAAAAGCACGUGCUUCCAUAUCAGAUCGAAAAUGUUGCAUCUCACAUGAUUUCUCCAAGUCAACACUCGCAGAGUUCACCUUUCAACGUGAAAGUUACCAAAUUCAUUCCAGACAGUAAUCCCGCCUCGCCUCUCUUUCUGUUAUGUUCGCUGAGAGAGAAAGCAAUCUCUGGAGAGAGAGAGAAAAAAAGGUUUACCGUAAGGAAGCUCUUGUUUUUUUUUAAACACACGAGUUGUAAAGUAUGUAUGUACCAAUCUGGGCCGGCGACAGACGAUGUGAACCUCUUAA